AUGCACGAGAGGAUCCACAUGGGAGAAAAACCAUACAGAUGCUCCGAAUGUGGCAAAAACUUUGGUCGAAACAGUUCCCUGGUGGCUCACCGAAGGACCCACACCGGAGAAAAGCCCUACGAAUGCUCUGAGUGUGGGAAGGUCUUUCGCUGCAGCUCCAAUCUUUUCAUACACAAAAGGACCCACACUGGAGAAAAGGCCUAUCAGUGCUCUCAGUGCAGCAAAAGGUUUAGCGAGCACACCACCCUCGUGAUUCAUAAGAGGACUCACACGGGAGAAAAACCGUUUGAGUGUCCGGAGUGCGGGAAAAGCUUUAAUACUAGUUCAAACCUUACAAGUCAUGCGAAGUUGCACACGGGAGAGAAACCCCACAAAUGUUUGCAGUGUGGGAAAAGUUUCAGUCGGAAUUCCAAUCUGGUGAUACACCUGAGGACUCACACGGGAGAAAAACCAUACGAGUGUCCCGAUUGUGGGAAAGGUUUCACAACAAGCUCUAAUCUAAUCAGUCAUGUCAGUUUACACACGGGCGAGAAGCCGUUUAGGUGCCCAAACUGUAGUCAGUGUUUCAGCCACAACUCUACUCUUACUAAACACAAGAGGACACAUUUAGGAGAAAAGACCCACAGAUGUGCAUAUUGUGGGAAAAACACAGAUUGCAUACCAGAGCUCAUUAUGCAUGAGAGGAUCCACACUGGAGAAAAGCCCUACCAGUGCCCACAAUGUGGCAGAAAAUUUAGUAAGCAUGCCAACCUGGUGCUACACGAAAGGAUACACACUGGAGAGAAACCAUUUGAGUGUCCAAAGUGCGGGAAAAGUUUCAGUCAGAAUUCCUACUUGGUGAUACACCAGAGGAUUCAUACUGGGGAGAAACCGUAUGAGUGUCCAGAUUGUGGGAAAAAUUUCACUCGAAAGUCUGACUUGGUGAUACACCAGAGGACUCACACAGGAGAGAAACCGUAUGAAUGUCUGUAUUGUGAGAAAAGUUUCAGUCAGAACUCUUCCCUGGUGAUACACCAGAGGACUCACACAGGAGAGAAACCAUAUGAGUGUCCGGAUUGUGGGAAAGGUUUCAGUAAGAAUUCUGACUUGAUGAUACACCAGAGGAUUCACACAGGAGAGAAACCAUAUGAGUGUCCAGAUUGUGGGAGAAGUUUCGGUCAUAAUUCCGUUCUGGUGAUACACCGGAGAACUCACACUGGGGAGAAACCAUAUGCAUGUCCAGAGUGUGGGGAAAGUUUCAGUAAUAAUUCUAAUCUUGUGAAACACCAGAGGACUCACACAGGAGAGAAACCAUAUAAGUGUCUACACUGUGGAGAAAGUUUCAGUCAGAACUCUUGCCUGGUGAUACACCAGAGAAAGCACACAGGAGAAAAACCAUAUGAGUGUCUGGAUUGUGGGAAAAGUUUCCAUCAGAAUUCUAACCUGGUAAAACACCAGAAGACUCACACAGGAGAGAAACCACAUGAGUGUUGGAAUUGUGAGAAAUGUUUCAGUAACAAUUCCAAUCUGGUGAUACACCAGAGGAGUCACACAGGAGAGAAACCAUAUGAGUGUUUGGAUUGUGGGAAAUGUUUCAGUAACAAUUCUAAUCUGGUGAUACACCAGAGGACUCACACAGGAGAGAAACCAUAUGAGUGUCCAGAUUGUGGGAAAAGUUUCGGUCAGAAUUCCAAGCUGGUGAUACACCAGAGGAGUCUCACAGGAGAGAAACCGUAUGAGUGUCCAGUUUGUGGGAAAAGAUUUAGUCAAAAUUCCAACCUGGUGGUACACCAGAGGACUCACACAGGAGAGAAACCACAUGAGUGUCCAAACUGUGGGAAAGGUUUCAGUGUUAAUUCUGCCCUAGUGAUGCACCUGAGGACUCACACAGGAGAAAAACCCUAUGAGUGUCCGAGUUGUGGGAAAAGUUUCAGUCAUAGUUCUGCUCUAAUGAUGCACCAGAGGACUCACACAGGAGAGAAACCAUAUGAGUGUCCAGUUUGUGGGAAAAGAUUCAGUCAUAAUUUUAACUUUGUGAAACACCAGAGGACUCACACAGGAGAGAAACCCUAUGAGUGUCAAAAUUGUCAGAAAAGUUUCAGUCAGUAUUCCAGCCUGGUGAUACACCAGAGGAUUCACACAGGAUGA